GCAUUGUAACAGUGUACUUCAAUCCAGCAAAUUAGCUAGGAGGCAGACAGUGUUGUGGUUGACUUCAGGUGCUGUGGAACAGUUUCAUUUCAUUUCUGUCUUGUCCAAACUUUUAUAUGCAACCUACCAGGUUUACGAUAUUACAGUGUUUCACUGUGGCGUGUACAGAUGCAGAGAGAGAGCAAGGAUGACACAGACCGGAUUUCGUAAGAUAGAACUGUUGUUAGCUUAGCUUUCUAGCUAUUUAGCUAGCUACACUAGCAAGUGUACUGUGUUUAGCUAUCACGACUCUUCCGAAGCAAAUUUGAUGGACUUAAACUGUAUUUUGCGACAUGCCACAUAGAAAAGACGUAUUUCAGUCAAAGGUCCUUCAGAAGCUCUACCCCUCGCCCCCUAAGCCUGACCAAAUCCCCAACACUCCACCAACCCUCACGACAGUUUCCAAAAAGCCCAAGGUGCAACACGAGUCAGGUGAUGAAGGGCUAUUACCAGGCCAGCCCCCCCCUGGCAAACGAGUGUACACAGCACUACCUCCCCCUGAAGGAUACCUGACAGGUGCAGAGGGAUCUGUCACGCUCUCUCAGCCAACAGGCAUGAAUACCGCGGGGCACCCAGCUGAGGAAAUCUCCAGCCAGAGCAGAGAAGACGAUGAUGAUGAUAAUGAUAAUGAAGAAGAAGAAGAAAAAGAAAAAGAAGAAGAAGAACAGCAAAGAAGGAGGAGGAGAAGAAGAAAGAUUAAGAAGUUGGAGCAUGCUUCUGGAGCACGCUCUGUGAAGGUGAAGACCGGCCAGGCUGGCGAAUCCAACACUGAUCGCCCCGGCUUGGAUGCAACCGUGGAGGGGGGCGGAGAACAACUCAGCAAAAACAAGCGAAGGAAAUUGAAGAAGAAACGUCAUAGGGAGAAGCUGAUCUCCAUGGGUCUGGUCCCCCGGGCUGCUGCUCUGGAGUUCACUUACCAGCGAGAGGGGGAUGUAGAGGAGGAGGAAGAAGAUGAGGAAGUGCUGGAGAGGAGAUCACUGGAGGUGUCCGAGUUCCUCAAGACCACACUGGGGUUCUAUGUCUCGGAGCCCUCAGCGCCUGCAGAGAGGCCUCACGUUCCCCUCGCGGUCUUUGAGGGCCUCCUGAGCAGAGUCUCCGGUAGAACAGCGCCCCCCUCUGCCCUCCGGCAGCUCCACACCCUCAAGGCCCAGGUGCAGCUGAAGGACACGGUGCGCCUGGCCAACGCUCUGGAAGACUUCCAGUCCAAAUCCAGCUUGUCUCCUGGUGAGCAUCCUCUACUGUCCUUAAACCUUACAUCCCCUCCUGGUCCUACUUUGGCCAUCUGUGUGUGCUCUGUAUCUGACCGGAACUCUCAGGCCCACACCGUACCCGGGGAUGGUCAGCACUGGUUUUCUUAUGCCCAUUACAGAUUAGUUUCACACUUACUCGGCCCUCUUAUUGAUCCACACCUACUUCUACCUGUCCUACCCUACACACGCACCCGCAGCCACAUUUGACCAAAUACGUCACACCCAGCGUGCUAGCAUCCCGGAGGUUAUACACCUAGCAACAUGGUGAAUGAGGGUAACGGGAGCUUGCUGUGUGCAAUUCUGGGAUCUGUGAAUGAUCGGGCCUCUUGUUUGUUCGUGUGUGUGAUGUGUGUGUGCUAAGAGAGUGAAUCGGUGUACAUGUCUUUUUCUGUAUUGUGUGUGGGCGCAUGCGCACAUAAGAGGUUGGGGUCAAUUGAAAUCUGGCUUGCUAAUUGGACCAGCAGGGACCUGGCUGAGUGUGUGAAUGAAUGUCCGAGGGAUUCAGGGCACUGCCAAGCAGGUGGCCAUAGAGACGCUCAGCUCCGGGCGCGGUUGCCAAGACAACGGCGUGCAAAAACAGACUUCUCCUCGAUGAGUGGUUCCUUCAAUAUACCUGGCUUUACCUCAGUGUGUUCCUCCACACGCGCACACACACAGUACCCAGAUGUCAGACUGCCUCAGUCACGUCCGUCUCCAAAUUGGAUGAGUCAUCGAGCCAUUCAGCGCAUACAAAUGUACCCCAUCUGCAUGUUGUUUAGGUGAGAUCCUGUGAGAACCAGUUGUUCCAGUGACUAAAUGCACACACACACACACAGGCAUGUACACACUGGCAGUGACGCGCACAUACACACAUACACACUCACAUGCGGCCAUAAGCCAUAUAAGCCUCAGUGCUGCCUGUUCAUCCUGUUUUUUUUUCUUUCAAGUCCUUCAAGACUUUUUCACAGUUCACUAGAUCCCCGCUUCACCCAGGCAGGAAGAAUGCAUUCACCACAGGGGCUAGCUGGGAAGCCCACAACCACUAUAGUUUACUCCUCCACACAGAUGACGUCUGUCCUAGCUGCCUGCCUAUUUCAUUUAUCUGUAUUUUUUUGGACUGGAUGACCGUCAUGAGGCCACCCAAAUGGAACCUGUGAUUUUCAUUUUGGACCUGACCAUAUUUCUUAUAUCGUAGACACUGCCUAACGUGACGCACUGUUUGUACGCCGAAAGAAAGGUCACAAAGUAAAACAAAAAUAAACAGCAAGAUUCCAUUCUGCAGUUCAAAAAUAAUACAUGAAAAUGCAUUGUUAUGAUUUCGUUCUUGUGUUUUUCUUUUGC